ACUUCAUAUAAGUGCCAGCAGGAUCCUCUCUUGAACACUAUCACGCGGAUAUUGAUUGGAACCACUAGUGAUGCGGCAAAUUUUGGAUUCGUCGUCAAUGAUGAGUGCCAAAGCCAGAUUGAUUCAAUACAACAAAGUAUUGCCGGUCAGCUCGAGUUCCCAGGGCCAUGCAAAGCUCAUUACGUUCGUGAUGGCUGCAGGAUGAACUUUGGUGGCGGUCAAUACGUCACGAGAGGAAAUUCCAAGAGCUGGAAAAGAAGGCCAGCACGAACGUACAAGAGCGCAUUUAUUGAGCAUUGCACCAAGUCAGAUGCCAAGGUGGCACCGCUCUUAAAGCUCCAGAUUGGCCUUGAGAUCAGUGCGCGUACUUGGAACGCCGGCGAAUCUCCCCCUGGGAUGCGCUUUGUCUAUCACAGACGAAACGCGCGAACGCAAAAGCUAGUAUGGCCGCAUCGCCGACAUCGGACGAGCACAGUAUUGCUGAUUGUAUCAGCUCCUGCUGGGACAAAGGAAACUAUUCCAGGGGCAAAAGAGUGAACUCUUUUGGAGACGAGCUCAUGGGACAGCAGGUAUUGAGCGACUACGAUGCCUGGCGCGGAAUAACCAAGUCCAUUUUAGCGCUUCAACGCACUGGAGUCG